AUGACGAAUCAACGUUCUACGGAAAUUUUCAACUCCAAACAAAUUUGGUGUAAAAAUUUUCCGAGUACGAGUAAAUUGCACGAUUGUGCUGGAAUUAUUCACUCUAUUCAGGAAAAGAAUAGGCGAAAAAUUGAUAAUGAAUAUACAAUGAAGAAAUUUGUUCAGUUUUGGAGUUUGAUCACAUAUCGCAGAAAAUUUUGGCAUUUAUCAUUACGAAACAAGCAACAAUUAGCUGAAAUUCCUUCGUUAAAUAAUAAAAUUUCCACAGUCGAACAAUUAAUGGUUGCUAGAAAUGAGGAAGAAAUUAUUUCAAGAAUUAAAAAUAUGGAAAUAUGGCGAUAUGAAAAAGUUUCUGAUGGUAGAGCUUGGCAAAUGGGAAACGAAAGGAAUGAAUAUAAAAAAUGGAACUUCAAUUGGAAAUGGAAUAAAUCGCUAUCAAUUUCCUUCAUUCCAUUACUAUUAUUUUUAGUAGUAUUUGUGCAUUCGCCAAUGCAAUUAGUGACAGCUAAGUUGAAAAACGGUAACAGUGGAUAUUGUGAAUCAAAUAUCGUAUCGUUAUUGGCAACGCCAUAUACUGUCACACCUACAUUAGUCGCACUUUUUGGUCGUACCUGUCGAUGUGCAUUCGAUUGGCGUUCACAUUUUUGCAAGCAAAUUGAACGUUAUAAAUCUUUGCUUGCUGUUCCAGAAAUGCAAAGGCAUGAAGAUGAUCAGCUACCAAUUGUUUGCAUUUGCAGGCAACUUAUAUUAGAAAAUAAUUGUCAACAAUUUAUGACACAAUGUUAUUUCACGCCUGAGAAUCAGCAUAAAGAAUGCACAUGCUGUUUCAAUCAACCGAAUGCAUUUUGCAACCAAUUACAAUGUCGUAAUGGUGAGCCAAUAUUUGGCAUGCAUGCAAACACGACAUGCAUUUGUCAUGCUCCAACCUUUUAUCCCUACAAUAUUUGUACUCAUCAAAGCUCAUUAAUUUAUGAUCAGGUGGUUAUAUCUAAUGAUCAUGAUAAUGAACAGCGAUCUGAUUAUAUCAAAUAUCCAUUACAUGAGUCAUCGCUAGAUCAUGAGGAAUCAACUGCAAUAAGCCUAUACGGUAUACAAAUUACACCUACGUUGGCUGUUGUUAUUAUUUUAGGCUUAUUAGGCAUGACUUUGCUAUUGACAACGAUAUUACUUGUGGUACGCUCAUGUCGUACGCAUCGUGAACAUCGUAAUCGUACGUUAAAACGUGAAAUAGCUCAAUCAAUAUUGCUUGAACAACGUGCUGAAGAAGAAAAAUAUUUGCCUUAA